CUGGACGCGGUAGCCAGCGUGGGGGCGAGCUUUCAGUAUGACGCCAGUCACGUGCGAGCGACCAGCAAGCUCAAACAGCUUUUAGCUAUGCUUCUGGCCUGCUUUGUAUUUUCGCAACCGUUUCACCCUGCACGGACAUUGAUCAAGCAGGUGUACAAUACUAUAUAACGGGAUGUCCGACUACCCGCGUAGGAGAUCUCGCUCCAGAUCUCCUUCCAGAAAGGCACCCAAAGGCAGCGGUGGCUUUAGAUGGAAAGAUCGUCGGCAAGACGACUCUCGCGACCAGCGCGACUCUCGGGAUAGAGGCCGACAUGAAUCGAAUCGCCCGCGAGAAUACAGAGAUCGUUCGCCCCAAAGAGACCGCGGCGGUUACUCCAGGGAUGCUGACCGGCAGUCUGGAGACUCUCGCAAGCCCGAUUUAGAUCGCAAGGGCGACGAGCGAGGACACGACUCCAAAAAGGAAAAGAAGGAAAAGAAGCCAAAGAAGGCGGCACCAGUUGGACCUGGCCAAGAAAUGAUUAUUGUCCAUAUCAAUGAUCGGUUGGGCACCAAAUCAGCAGUCCCUUGCCUGCCCAGCGACACCGUCGGGCAACUCAAAAUGAUGAUUGCAGCCCGCAUCGGCCGAAAAGCAAACCAAAUCAUGCUAAGACGACAAGGAGAACGCCCCUUUAAAGACCAACUCACGUUAGACGACUACGGUAUUUCGAAUGGAGUGCAGUUGGACCUUGAGAUUGACACUGGAGAUUGAGGAGACGAUGUUAUCUCUUGGCUAGCAGUGCAAGUGCCACGAAGCGCCACCCUUUAUAUAAACUAGUACAGCAUGCUAGCGGCUGCUCUGAGACAGAAGUUGAGGCUGCCAUUUGCAUCGGGCGAGAAAACCUGUGGCCCAUACGCCAAUCGAUCCCUCACACAAUCAGAACGUAUAUGGGCAGUGAAUUCUAGGAGAGGAGACACGGGCGCAUCUCAGAUUUGGGACCUGACGGUUUCCAGAGUGACUUGAAAUACCCUAUGUUUUCUCCUCAGUUUUCAGGACACUUUGUGUGUUGUUUUCCUGGCUCAUCUAACCACAAGCAGACUUGGCUGCGGCUGUCUGCGUUUUAGAUGUAUUUCUAUACUAUUAUGAAGUAAUGAUACCCAAGACAAGCCCCCUUUUCAAAAUGAGGAUCAAAGAUCGAAAGUACGAGAUAUAUAUUUUGGAUUUCAAUCAUGCGUGCAAGUAAUAAAUGUUUCCAUUAAUCAUUCAACACGAUAGGAGACGCGGAGUUUUGUACGCCGUGUUAAGGAACCCCAGCCCAGAGCUGAGAAUGGGCUGGUGGAAGAGGCGUGAGUUGAAACAAUGGGCGUUCUCGACGUAGUACAGGCAAAAUUGUAAUGGGCGAUAUGUUUAUCCAAACAAGCGACAGUUUCGCUACGAGUACUUAUUGAGAGCCAAGGGGUUCUUUCAUCUGAAAGCUCAACGCGUCGACACGCCGCGGUUAGCAAACGUAUGUAAGCAGCCAUCAGCCCGGUCUGGCUAGCCUGCAGAUAUCGGUGAACGGGUAACAGGUCUUUCCAACGUUGGGAGAUCGUCUCCUGCGGGGGACCGGUUUAGUGCUGUAAACAUAUAGCAGCAGGGAAAUUGGGAGGGCCCACGCGCCACCUUCGUUCCUUUUUUGGGAGGAGGAGGGCGGCAGGUCUCCGCUUGCCUGCGUCUCUAUUUUGUGCUUUCUCCGGGCGGCCAAAUUGUAGGGAGUAGUAGCAGCGUUUGCUGUCAUAUUUCUGCUGUAUUUUAAAAAGAAAAGAUAAAUAAAUAAAUGGUAUGAGCGUGAUAUUAUAAGAAACGAAUAAACAUGUAAACCGUCAAGAAAAGAAAAUAACCACACG